AUGACGGCCGCUGCGACUGCGGCCUCGGUGGCUGCGAUUAGCGGACUGGCGGCAUGGAUCAAUGCUAAGUAUCAUAUUAAGCAGGAUAUCACGGCGUUGCGGUAUAUGAAGGGCGCUGAGAGACAUUAUAAGGAGCUUGUACGAACAAAACGCCAAUGCCUCUGGUACUCGUUCAUUCCCCACGUCCCAAAAUACGCAAACGACCUCUGCAUCUGGUCCCGUGAGAAGACGUACACAUGGCAAGAGGUCCACGACAAAGCCGUGCAGUGGGCGCACUUUUUCCUCGAGCAGGGCGUCAAGCCCGGCGACAUGGUGGCUACGUACCUCACAAACUCGGCUGACUUCAUCGUCAUCUGGCUGGGCCUGUGGUGCAUCGGCUGCGCGCCGGCGAUGCUGAACUACAAUCUGCGCGGUGACGCGAUGAUCCACUGUCUCAAAAUCGCGAACGUGAAGCUCGUGCUGGUCGACGCGGAUCCCGAGUGCGCCGAGCGCUUUGAAGAAGCAGGGGCCAAAGUCGAUGAGCUGGGCGUCACGCCCUUCACUGUCAACGCCUCGCUGCUCGAGAAAAUCUACUCGGGCCGCACAGACGUGCCCGGUGACGACCAUCGCGAGCACGUCUCUGGCUUCGACCCAGCCUGUCUACUCUACACCUCGGGCACCACGGGGCUCCCCAAAGCAGGCAAAUUUUUGGUCAGCCGCUACCACGAGCGCAGCAACCCGGGCACACUCCCAUUCGACCAAACCGCUGGCCCAGGCGGUGACCGCUGGUACUGCUGCAUGCCGCUCUUCCACGGCACGGGCGGACUAGCCACCAUGGCCGCCCUCACAGGCGGUAUGUCCGUCGCCAUCGGCAAGAAAUUCAGCACCAGCGGGUUCUGGGACGACAUCCACGACUCACAGGCCUCCAUUUUUGUGUACGUGGGCGAAGCGGCGCGGUACCUGCUCAUGGCGCCACCGCACCCGCGCGAGCGCGACCACCGCCUGCGCGGCAUGUACGGCAACGGCUUGCGACCCGACGUGUGGACGCGUUUCAAGCAGCGCUUCAACGUGCCCGAGGUCAUCGAGUUCUUCAACUCGACCGAGGGCGUGCUGGCCAUGGUAGUCCACUCCAAGGGCCCCUUCGCCGAAACCUCGGUGGGCCACCACGGCGCAAUUAUCCGCCAGGCGCUGAAGAAUGUAUACGUCCCCGUCUCCGUCAACGCGGAAACGGGAGACCUCGUGCGCGACCCACGCACUGGCUUCGUCAAGCGCAACACGUACGACGAGGGCGGCGAGAUCCUCGUCGGCGUCCCCAGCACAGACGCGUUCGCGGGAUACUACAACAACCCGUCUGCGACAGCGAAGAAGUUCGAACGCGAUGUGUUCAAGAAGGGCGACCUGUACUACCGCUCCGGUGACGCGCUGCGCCGCGAUGAGGAUGGUCGUUGGUUCUUCGUGGACAGAUUGGGCGACACGUACCGCUGGAAGAGCGAAAACGUCUCCACAGCCGAAGUCGCAGAGGCACUCGGGAAAUACCCGGGCGUGGGCGAGGCGAUCGUGUACGGCACGCUGGUGCCGCGGCACGACGGGCGCGCUGGCUGCGUAGCGCUUCGACUCGCCGACGGCGUCGGCGCUGAGACGUUCGACUGGAAGGCGUUGCUGGCGUAUGCGCGUAGCAAGCUGCCGCGCUACGCGGUGCCGGUGUUCCUGCGGCUGGUGCAGAGCGGGAGUAAUACGGAUAACCAGAAGCAGAACAAGGGCCCACUGCGACUGGAGGGCAUUGAGAUCGACAAGUAUGGCGAGAAGGUGCCGGGUGGGCAGGGCGAUGUGGUGCUCUGGGCGAAACCGGGGGCGGAUCGCUACGUCAGGUUCACGCUGGAGGAUCUGCAGGCACUGCGGGAUGGGAAGGUCAGCAUAUAG